AUGGCCACUGCACCUUACAAUUACUCCUAUAUCUUCAAAUACAUCAUCAUUGGUGACAUGGGAGUGGGGAAAUCCUGCUUGCUGCACCAGUUCACAGAAAAGAAAUUUAUGGCAGAUUGUCCUCAUACAAUUGGUGUGGAGUUCGGUACCCGGAUAAUUGAAGUUAGUGGCCAGAAAAUUAAAUUGCAGAUUUGGGAUACAGCGGGACAGGAGCGUUUUCGAGCAGUCACUAGAAGCUACUACCGAGGGGCUGCAGGGGCACUAAUGGUUUAUGAUAUAACAAGGAGAAGCACAUAUAAUCAUUUAAGCAGCUGGUUGACUGAUGCACGGAACCUCACCAAUCCAAACACAGUAAUCAUUCUAAUAGGCAAUAAAGCGGACCUGGAGGCCCAGCGUGAUGUCACAUAUGAGGAGGCCAAGCAGUUUGCUGAGGAGAAUGGACUCCUGUUCCUGGAAGCAAGUGCAAAAACAGGAGAGAAUGUGGAAGAUGCUUUUCUGGAAGCCGCCAAGAAAAUUUACCAAAACAUACAAGAUGGAAGCCUAGAUCUGAAUGCUGCGGAGUCUGGUGUACAGCAUAAACCAUCAGCACCUCAAGGAGGCCGUCUAACCAGUGAACCCCAACCUCAGAGAGAAGGCUGUGGCUGCUAG